GCUCCCACCCAUCCCCCACACGUGCGCGCGAACCGAGAGCCCGGCCGCCUCUCCCGGGUCCUGGCCCAUACCAACCGUCCGAUCCCCGGCCGAUGGCGGCGGAGCCCGCGGCGGACGGCCAGGAUCCCCCGCUGGCGGACGCCGCCGCCGCCUCCGGCGACGACGACGCCGCGGCGGCGGACGCGCUCCUGAGCGCGGCCUCGGAGCAGCUGACGCUGGUGUACCAGGGGGAGGUCUACGUCUUCGACCCCGUCCCGCCCCAAAAGGUUCAAGCUGCUCUGUUGGUGCUUGGAGGGUGUGAGGUGCCUCCUGGUUUAGUAAGCAUGGCUGGGCCUACUGCAUAUGGUGAAAAGAGUACAACUGUGGCUGCCAAAAGGGUUGCUUCCUUAAUGAGGUUCCGUGAGAAGAGGAAGGAAAGAUGUUUUGAUAAGAAAAUAAGAUACGGAGUGCGCAAGGAAGUUGCCCAAAAGAUGAAACGGCGUAAAGGACAGUUUGCUGGAAGGGCAGAUUUUGGUGAUGCUGCAAGUUCUUCUGCAGCUUGUGUCUCUGCAGCCGAUGGCGAGGAUGAUCAUUUCCGAGAAUCCCAUUGUCAAAAUUGUGGUGUCAGCUCAAGGCUUACUCCAGCAAUGCGUCGGGGGCCGGCUGGCCCAAGGACCCUCUGUAAUGCUUGUGGCUUGAUGUGGGCAAAUAAGGGUACUCUGAGAAGUCCUUUGAAUGCCCCCAAAAUGACGGUGCAGCAUCCCGCCAAUCUGAAUAAAAUGGACAGUGUGGAUGAUGACAAAGCAAUUGUUUGUGCUGAGCCUAAUCAUACCACGGUCAAAAUGGACUCUGGGAUGAGUCCGGAACAAGAACAGAAACCAGAACUGCGCCCAGCGACCGAAGGCGACAGCAUGGCUGAUUCUUGACAAGUGUAUAUAAAUUGAGACAUAGGUUUCUGUCAGAUAUUUCCUGACUUUAGAAAUGAUGUAUAAGGCAACAAAACUAACAAAAGCAUGCAUCGACAUGCCACAUUUAUCCCCUCCAUGUAUUUAUAUUACAUUACAAAUUGUAUACCCAACAGUUCUGCAAUGCAGAGGAAUUCAGCAAUGCAAUCAAUCCAUCACAUUCUUGGUGUUGGCUGCU